AUCAGGUCAUAACAACAAAACCCUAAAAUGUAGCUUAACAAUCGUAUAUCUAGUGUUGGGUUUGAGCACUUCUCCACUUCCUAAGUUUUUGGGUUAAUCAGAGGCACCACUUCCUUCAAAUUCGUUGUCCUUCUAAUUCCCACCAAAGAGAAUUACAGAAAGCUGAAACAUGGAAAAAGAAACCAUUUUUUGGCUCUUACAUUUUUUCACAAUUUUGGCUCCAAAAGAAUUUCAGGAUAACCACCAUAUAUAUGAGAAAAUAAACGAAGAAGUUACAUUGGAAAGUGAAGCAGAAUUUCUGCACCUGAGCAAGAAGACCAGAAUUUUGCAAAUCAAUGGCACCAGGAGGACGUAUCUUCAAACAAACUACACUUACAGGGGAAACUAUUCAAGCUACUCAAUCCCCGGAUGAAUCAAAUAACCUUACUCCCGCUGUUAAUACAGAUGAUUCCCCUAGGAUCAGGAAUGGUCGUGGCAAGACUAGAGGGAAAGGUCUUGAAAGGAUGAGGAAGACUAUGGGAAGCAAGAUGAAAAUUGAGAUCCCAGUUGGCAAAGGGAGGCCAACUAAGCCAACUCAAUCAGCAAAAUUAUCCAAUGAACUAGGGAUAAUUGCCAGAAAUUUUAUUUCGCUUCCAAAGAAGUGGAAGGAACUCACAAGAGAGGACAAAGAUGCAACACUAAUUAGAUGCCACGAGAAGUUUGUAAUUGAUUUGGACGAGCAUUACGUGAAAGAUAGUUGUGAGGAUAUUUUGAAAAAUAGAAGCCGACAAUGGCGGUACAAGUUAAAACGGCUAUUUGAAAGCGCACGUUCGGAGGAAGAAGCUCGUAAAAUUGAAGUGCCAGAGUUGACCCGAGAAAAUUGGAAUAAGCUUUGUGACAUGUGGGCUGAUCCAGAGCAUAAGAAACGAUGCGACAUAAACAGGGCCAAUCGAAGUAAGCUUAAAACUAAUCAUUUCAUGGGGUCAAAAGCGUUUGUACCGGCUCGUGCUGAACUUGCUGAAAAUGGAGUAGAGCCUGAUAGAAUCGAGUUCUACAAGAGUACUCAUUACUCGACUGAAAAAGGAUGGUCAUCUUUAGAGGCUAAGACAAACUAUAACACCAUGAAAGAUUUGAAAGAUAUAUAUAUACUUCGGGAGAGCCAGGAGAGCCUUGCAUGACUAUUGAUCAAAUUAUGGAUACUGUACUUGGUACAAAAUCGGGGUAAAUAAAAGGUCUCGGUUAUGGUCCGAAACCCGAUACUACCAGAGCCACACAAAGAAGAACAGCAGAGUUAGAAGACUCCCUUAGAAAGAGGAAGCUGCUAGUGCCCAACAUGAUUUACAGAAACGAUUAAAUGCAGCUGAAGUUGUGGUAGAAACCCAGCAGUCCAAGAUAGAAAACCAGCAGGCCCAGAUAGAAACUCAGCAGGCCCAGAUACAAGCAUUAAAUUCUCAAUUGGUUACUUUAGCAGCACGCCAAGAGGAAAUGUUUAAAAAAAUGCAACAUUUUGCUAGCUCAUCGCCAUCAAGGUAUUAAAUGUGGGAAUUGAAUCAAGACUGAUUGCAAGCUAAGUUUUACCACAUUAUUAGUAUUUUGGAAGAAACCUGCACUAUCUGUCUUAGUUUAGGAGUAAUAUUUCGUAUAUUUCAGUUGGAUUGGUACUUUGGAAGAAAUUGCAUUGUCUAUCUUAGUUUAGGAGUAAUAUUUAGUAUAUUUCAGUUGGAUUUUCUUGUUAGUAGACAUAUUUUACUUUUAUUUAGGAGUUUGUAAUGAGAUAUGAUCUCAGUACAAUUUUAGUUGUUAAUUGUAUGAUCAUGGGUGAAUUGUAUCA